CGGUCUUGUUUUCUAAGUCUAGACCUUAUACUUACACGAGACAGCCCGAAGUGACUUAAUAAACUUAACAGCAGCGCAGGGAUGUCGUCAUCCCUGCGCUAGCCUGUGAUAUUGGAACUAUUUGAUGUUCCGCCUACGAGGUUUUACAUCCUUCCGUCAGGCGUCAAAGACCCAAGAAAUCGAUAAAGUUAAGGUCGGUCCUUGGAUACAUUUUCCCAUUGACGUGCGACGCGUGUCACACUUGCGCUCUUGAAUUUUUCGUUUUCUAUUCGCGCAUUAUAAUUUCCUCAGAUGAAAUAACAUAGUGUCGUGCAUCAUAUUGUCGUGCAUCAUAUUGUCGUGCAUCUUCACAGAGAACAUCAUCAUCCCGUGACAACAAGUAGUACAAGAAAAGAUAGGCAACUUCUUUAGCUAGAAAAAUAUCAUCAAUAAACCGAAAAAAAGACAAAUGGCCAGUACUGGAUUUCGGAAUGCAAGCGCCUCACGGGCGCUCCUUCGCUGUACUAACCAGGGACACGUUGCGGGAUCCCAGCGCGCUUUCGCUUCAGCGGCGCCCUCCAAAGGCGGAACCGGACCAGACCUGCGUGUCCUAGAGAAGCGUGCUGCGGCGGCUAAGGCAGAGCUCGCGACACUGGCGCAGGCCUUUGCCCGUUAUGACGGUGACGGAACGGGAGGGCUCAAUAUCACUCAGUUGAAGGAGGCCUUAAAAAGCUUGGAACUUCCGACUGAAGAGGUAGAGUACUUUUUUCAACUUACUACGUGCUGAAAUUAUUUUUAUUUGAUACAACUUACUAGCCGCGGUUCCUUCUAUGUUCUAUGAUCAUGUGUUAGAUAGUAAAAGUAAUAUCAACUUCCUAUCAUUGCGGGUAUUCGACAUUGAUGCGUGGUCUUCUAGGUCGAAGUCGCGACUCUCUUCAAGAAAUUGGACGCAAACAAUGAUGGCACUAUCGACUUGUCGGAAUGGUUGGAUAACAUGCCCAAGGGCACCAAAGUCCGCAUGUUGUCGAAGGAACAGUCGUUGCAUGGCCGCUACGUCCAGUUUAGCAUGCCAGAGGUGAAGAUCAAUUACACUUACGGCAAAAACUACACAUAAGAAUUUAUAUGUAUCUUCUCGACGUGGGAAUGAAGUUCACUAUGUAUGAAUGGUUCCGGUAUUUGGUAACCUGAAUUUGAUCAUAAGGGAAAACAAGAAGAGAACCCUUAGGAUCAAAUUCAGGUUACCAAAUACCAGAACCAUACAAUGUAGUAUACUAUGUAUAAGAAACAACUAUACAACUUCUUCGACUUCUUCACCUACUAACUGUAACUUCUCGAAAUGAUUAUCACGCGCGCGUGGAGAAGGAUUCUCCUUUUUGCUGCGUUGUUUGGUGUCACCUUCUCCACAUGCGCAUCAUGUUGAAAAUGUUAAGCCCUAAACCCUAAAAUCUUAAGCCCUAAUCUCCCCAAACCGACGAAGCCCCUGCUCUUGCGACGUUUUCUCUUUUGCCGAUUCUGCGUGCAUAUUGCCGGCAUGGCAAUGUGAAGAUCAUGAAGCGUGACAUUUCGGUCGCCUCACGAAUCAUCUCGGGAUUUCCAGACUACUUGGCGCCUGACCAGCGCGUUGAGGACGAGCUCUCCUUGCUGGGCGAUCUCGCGAAGACGCCAGCCGCCAACAUCAUCAAGCUCCCCAAUGUCUCUGCCAGUGUGCCACAGCUUUUGAGCGCCAUCGCAGAGCUGCAAGAGAAGGGAUACGACGUGCCAGACUACCCAGCGGCGCCUACAAUUAUGGCUAUUCAGAAUUUAGAUAGUAAGGAGGAUCAACUCCCUUACAACGGAGAGGUCCACGGCUAUUCAGAAUUUAGAUAGUAAGGAGGAUCAACUCCCUUACAACGGAGAGGUCCAUCUAAUACAAACGAAGCAGAGAAGGACAUCAAGGAACGAUACGCCAAGGUCCUCGGUUCUGCUGUGAACCCAGUUUUGCGUGAAGGCAACUCUGAUCGCCGUGUGGCCAGACCUGUGAAGGAGUAUGCCCAGAGCAACCCACACAAGAUCGGAAGCUGGACCCCAGACAGCAAAUCGCAUGUAUACCACAUGCAAGAUGGCGACUUUUUUUCGUCUGAACAAUCAUGGGUCAACGGAGAUGACAGGGCGAGUGUGAAUUACGGCAAGGAAAAUAUUAUUAAAAAUGUAGAAGUUGAAGGAAUUUUUCGUUGAAGGCUUUUUGAUUUCGUUUUCACUUUUCAGGUUCUACUUCACCGACAGCAGCUAGUAGAAGUUCUUGUAAGCUAGAACUCAAUCUUGCUCCUGCAACUUCUAAUCCCCGAUCGUCUUCCAUCCCGCCGACGGAGGUGAGGAGAUCGUUCUGAAGAGCAAGACCCCAGUCCUCCCGAAGGAAGUGCUUGAUGCUUCUAGGAUGAGCGUGAAAAAAUUGUGCGCCAUGUUUGAGGAGUCUUUAGCAACGUGCGAUCCGGAUACCGUUUGGUCCCUGCACUUAAAAGCAACGAUGAUGAAGGUAGUCUUAAUGGUCGCUGUACUUAAAAGCGACGAUGAUGAAGGUAGUCUUAUAUAUAAUAUAAGAAGAGUCUUAUGUACUAGCUACUUGUUCUUGUACUAGUAGUUGUCCUCGUGGCUCAACAACCUUGUUUUUUCUUGUAGGUCUCAACAGUCAAUGACGUCGUUGACGUCGUGGAGGAUAUCUCCAACAACUACCACAAACACAACGACAGGUCUCCGACCCCAUCAUGUUCGGACACGCAGUCAAGGUGUAUUACAAGAGUGUCUUCGAGAAGUACGGUGCUCUCUUUGACGAACUCGGUGUCAACGUAAACAACGGAUUGGGUGACGUCUACGCAAAAAUCGAAGGACAUGCGAAACAUUAUGGCUGAUGCUAACGUUUUCUUGAUGAAAGUGAAAGAGAGUCCAAAAGCAAAACGUACUACAUGGACAAGUACAAUUAGACCACAGGUAAAUCGAAAUGAUAAUGGUAAUCAUCAAUCCAUACCCCACCUGCACCUCCUGCUCUCCAGCACCUUCUAAUCCAAAGCCGAAAUCGAAGCAGCUAUCCAGGCAGUCUACAAGGAGCGACCGGAGAUGGCCUACGUGAACUCUCACAAGGGAAUCACAAACUUGCAUGUGCCUUCCGACGUGAUCGUUGAUGCCUCAAUGGCAGCUGCUGUGCGUGAUUCGGGUCGUAUGUGGAACAAGGACGACAAGUUGGUGGACUCUCGCUUCGUCGUCCCCGAUCGCUGCUACGCUGGCAUCUACCAGGCGAUUGUCGAUGACUGCAAGGAGAAUGGAGCCCUGGACGUCCGCACUGUGGGCGCGACAGCCAAUGUGGGAUUGAUGGCAGCAAAGGCGGAGGAGUACGGCUCUCACGACAAGACCUUCGAGAUUCCGGCUGACGGAAAAGUUGUCGUGUCUCUGCGAAAGGCACCGCACACGCAGGUAUAUCGAGGACAUCAAGUUGGACGAGUAAUAGUGAUGUCUAACCAGCAGAAAGAUGUUGAAAGUAAAACCUUCUUUGAUACUCUAUAAGGUCACACUUAGACUUAGUUGUAGUUGUAGCAUAAGCAUUAGAGUUCUUGUACUAGAUCGCCAUCUUCACGAUCAGUUAUGUAGCUGGAUCUAUGGCUGACGUUAUCCUCAUCCUGCCAGGUAUUCGAACAUGAAGUCGAGAAGGGUGAUAUCUGGAGAAUGUGUCAGACGAAGGAUGAUCCUAUCAUCGAUUGGGUCAAGCUGGCUGUCAACCGUGCACGCGAGUCAGGAUCUGCUGCUAUCUUCUUACGGUUUCACCUGCUUAUCGAGUAGAUGUACACCGCGAUGAUCGUACUAUGGGGAAUGAACAAGGUGGUAAAUUUUUAGUAGAUCGUCCCCAAACGCAAUAUCCCCAAACGCAAACUCGUCCAUGCACAACAUGCUGAAGAUUCUGUCCCUGACGUUCUCCUUCGUUCUUUCUAAUCCAUUGGCUAGAUGAGAAGCGCGCGCAUGACGCUCAAAUCAUCAAGAAGGUGACUGAAUACUUGAAGAUGCACAACACUGAGGGUCUAGACAUCUCCAUCCUGCCACCUGCAGAUGCCAUGAAAGCGACACUCAAACGCGCUCGAAGUGGACAAGACACGAUCUCGGUAUUUCUACACGCAGAUGAAUUCGACGAGAAGAUUGAAUUUUUCCUGCGAUAAGUAAUUUAUGAAAAAUUUCUUGCUACACUAAUAACACCUGCAACAGCAACUACAUGAUCAACAUCAAGACACAGAUGCAGCUGCAUCGAAAGAACACGUUCUUUGAUACACGAGCAAGUCUACUAAAAAACAAUAGUACACAGGUGACCGGCAAUGUCCUCCGCGACUACCUGACAGAUCUCUUCCCGAUUUUGGAACUUGGCACAAGUGCGAAGAUGCUUUCCAUCGUUCCACUCCUCGCAGGAGGUGGCAUGUUCGAGACUGGUGCAGGUGGAAGUGCCCCAAAGCACGUUGAGCAAUUUCUGAAGGAAGGUCAUUUACGAUGGGACUCGCUUGGUGAGUUCCUCGCAAUGGCGGUGUCGAUGGAGGACUUGGGCAACAAGACCGAAAACUCCGAUGCCAUCGUAUUGGCGAAUACAUUGAACACGGCAGUGGGGAAAUUGCUGACCUUGAACAAAUCCCCAAAGAGACAGGUGAUGCAACUGGACAACCGUGGAAGUCAUUUCUACAUCGCCCUCUACUGGGCUGAGGCCUUGGCCAAGCAGAAUGACAGCGCACAUUUGCGUGACCGCUUUGUCAGUGUGCAUGCACAGUUGGCGGAAAAUGAAGCCAAGAUUUUGGGAGAAAUGAUCUUAUGACAAUAGUAGAUCAUAUUUAUAAGGACCAUUUUUUAACAUUAACAAUUAGUAGUGUGAAUUGAUAGAUAAAAAAUAAAAACGUUUACGUUACUCCAAAGCAAAGACGCUUCCUCGGCCGUUUUUACAACCGCAGGAAAUGUAUCAUCCCGCCGAUGGCCCAGUAUGGUCGUUUGGGAUGCAGUAUGAUGACACGACUAGCACCUGGCUUUUGUUUUGUCUUCUUUUUGACGUACUUACAUCACCAGCCUGAAUAAAUUACAGUCAGAUGAUUUACUUUCAGCUUCUUCACAAUCUCUUUCGUCUAACAACCGCAGCCGAAGGUAAGCAGACAAACAUCGGCGGAUAUUGGCAGCCUGACCCGUUCCUCGUCUCGCAGGCUAUGCGACCCAGCCCGACUUUCAACAGCAUCAUUGAUGCCACACUGGCGGCGAGUGGGUUCUAAGGACAAAGUUAUAGAGGUCACGUAAAGAAGAUACUGCAAGCACUAGCUGUGGCAAUGUGCGAGCCAUUUCAAUAGCGCACAGAAUCAAGCCAUCGCAGAAAAGUUUUCGAAUAUCUUUCAACAAGAGACGAGAUUUCUUAUAAAGGUAGAGCAGGUCAAACUCAAAGUCAAUGUCAAAUACAAGGUUGUACAUGUCGUGGAGAUGUCACCGUAAUGUCAUGCUGCGUUCACGCGGAAGACUAAAAAUGGUAGACGCUCAAACAGUAACAACAUUGACGUUAAAAGGGAUUCUCAACAAAGUCAAUGUCAGAAACGCACGAACAUUUUCCGUUAGCGUUACUUUCGACCAAGACAAACAGUACAAGCUGACGUUAAUUUGAACCACCCCAGUCUAGCGGUAGAGGUCCGUUGAUUGGGCGUGGUCUCCUUGCCGGAUGCAUAGUAUGAGUAAUUAACGAUGAAGACUGAUGAUCUAUCUUUUUCAUCAGCAUCUUCAUUUUCCAGCGUUGUCCAGAAAAAUUCAUCGCAUACUACAUAUUGGAUGAUCAUAAGAAUCUUCAACGCACGACAAAUUUCCAUCGUAGGGUACUUAGUUUGUUAGCACUACCACAUCAUGAUUAGGGAAACAAUUAAAGGGUUCUUUUUUGUCGAAGGCACGGUCGAAGGCGGUGGGACAAGAUGCUGAGUCCUCCAGCAGCAUUGAAUGUUUCACUUGAGACUGCUGGUGCCAUUCUCAGAAUGACUCACUUACCGUAGAUGAGAAAAAGGAAAGAAACUUCUACAACGAGGGACAAGUGGAUACAACGUGAAUCGGAAAAAGCGUUAUGAUUUGACAUAGACGAAAUAGACACACGACCGACGCUAUCGUUUUCACCGUACUAUUAAGUAGAUGAAACAAAAAACGAGUGGAGGAAAGGCAUAACAUGCGUGCGAGC